UGUUGAUGUGUCGUGAUUGUCCGAUCUAAAAUAUCAAUAUUUUGGAAUUUAUGAAAGAAAAAUAAUAAUUACCUAGUUAUAUUCUGUACUUAUUUACUAUUUAACUUAUUUUAUAAAUUUAUGUCAAAGCAUGGACGACAGGAACAUGGAAACGAGCAGCUCUACUUUUACUGAAGUCUCAAGCGACCAUUCCAAGAGUAUUAUACAUAUAGAUGUCGAUUGUUUUUACGCUCAAGUAGAGAUGGUGCGGAAACCAGAAUUGCGAUCCCUUCCACUAGGAAUUCAACAGAAAAACAUCGUAGUGACCAGUAAUUAUGAAGCUAGGAAGUUCGGUAUACGAAAAUGCAUGCUCGUUUCAGACGCGUUGAAAAUAUGUCCAAACUUAAAGUUAGUCAGUGGUGAGGACUUGCACGACUACAGGGCCGCCUCGAAUAAAAUAUUUACUUUACUUCAGAGUUGGAAAUGUCCAGUUGAAAAACUAGGCAUGGAUGAAAAUUUUAUUGACGUCACAAAUUUAGUACAGGAAAAAUUAAAAACUUUAAAUGUAACAAGCAUCACACUAUCUGGUCAUGUUUUCUCUGAGCCAAGCUCAGAGUGUCUCUGUGGCUGCCAUACGAGAUUAAAAGUAGCAUCACAAAUAGCCAAUGAAAUGAGACAUAAAAUAUAUGAUGAGUUAGGUUUUACAACUUGUGCUGGAAUAGCUCACAACAAACUUUUGGCUAAACUAGUUUGUCCAUUCAAAAAGCCAAAUGACCAAACAACUGUAUUUCCUGAACAUGGGGCCACUUUUAUGACUACAUUUCAAAGUGUUCGUUCAAUACCAAGUAUUGGUUCAAAGACUGCCGAAGCUCUCAUUUCUCAAAAAAUAAUUACAGUAAGUGACCUACAAGAAGUAUCUUUAGAUGUUCUGAAGAAGCAUUUCAGUGGUGACAUGGCAGUUAGAUUGAAAAGUUUAAGUGCAGGCGAAGAUAAUACUCCAGUGAAGCAAUCAGGUAGACCACAGAGUAUAGGUUUAGAAGAUAGCUUUAAGACUGUCAGUGUAAAAAGUGAAGUUGAAGAGAAAUUUGGGGCAUUGUUACAGAGAUUGCUAAUAUUAGUAAGGGAAGAUGGACGUAUUCCAGUUUCACUUAGAGUAACAUUACGAAAGAAAGAUGUAAAAAGGUUGAGUAGUCACAGAGAGUCCAGACAAUGUCAAGUGUCUCCUUCAAUCUUUACAAUAAACAGUGGGACAUUGACAGUAACUGAAGCCGGCCAACAAAAACUGAUGAGCAUGAUAAUGAGACUAUUCAAUAAGCUCAUUGACUUAUCUAAACCAUUCCAUUUAACUUUAGUAGGACUGGCGUUUACAAAAUUCCAAGAGCGUAUGACUGGUAGAAGUUCAAUUGUCAACUAUUUAAUGAAUGACAUAUCUGUCCAGUCAGUUCUCAAUAUACAGAAUGAUUGUGACACAUCAGCCUCCUCAAUGGAUUACUCCGCUGCAUCACCCAGUAGUAGUACAACAACUGAUCUUUCAGAUGGUGAAGUGGAACCAUCACCUAAAAAGCCCAAAAAAGUCAAUUGGAUAGCAAAGAGAAGGUGUUUGUCAAAAGAAGAGGUUGCAUCCCCCAGUAAGUUGAAAGUUGGUGAGCUCAGGCUUAAUUCAAAGGAGCUGGAAAAAGUAUCAGAACUCCGGUUAAGUUCUAGGGACAGGUCUCUCACACCUCGAGCAAGCCCAGCAAAAGAUAAUCUCUCAGACACCUCAGAUACUAUGAAAGAUGUGGCAGACGGAGCUAAUUGUGAUGACUGUCCAAGUUAUGUUGAUAAAGAAGUAUUUAGUGCUCUUCCUGAUGAAAUGCAACAGGAACUAAAAGCCAUGUGGAAAAAUCCUUCGAGCUCAGAGGUGCCCAGAAGUAGCCCUAGAAACUUGAAUAAAGCAAAGCCUAACACACUCUUGAAAUAUUUUGUUCCACACAAAUAGUAUUAGUAAGAUUUUAUCUUGUUAAUUAUUUUAAGUGAUAAGUGAAUGGUUUCUAUUUUUUCAAAUCAUACAAUUUUUAUUAAACUGAUCAAAUACAUGUUUAUGUUAUA